AAUCGUAGCUUCAGGCUGGAGUAAUAUCAGGUGCAUCUCUACACCCUGAGGGCUCAACUCCUACACUUUUUUAAAUCCCUCCCACUGAAACAGCCUCCUUCAGUUUCACUUAGAAAUCAAGCAGAGAACAGGUACUUCUCUCUCAGCACUGACAGCUACAGCUUAGCCACAGGGAUCACCUUCAACAUUUCAUCCAUCUAUUUAACUAUUCCUGUACAACCAGUUGUGGGAUUGGUUCUUUCCUCCUGGCCCUGAUACCUGCCAGUAAAGGAGCUGGCCUCAAAUCAAAUAUCCCCUUCUAUCCUGGGGAAGUGAUUCUUAGAACCUGAAAAACUGGAAGUUGAGGAAAUAAACUGCAAGAAAAUUAUUUUAUAAAGAAGCAUUAAGUAUCACUAAAGCAGAAAAAUGAGUCUCCUGAAAGAGCGUAAACCAAAGAAGCCUCAUUAUAUCCCAAGACCUCCAGGAAAGCCAUUUAAAUAUAAGUGUUUUCAAUGCCCCUUUACUUGCAAUGAGAAAUCGCACCUUUUCAACCAUAUGAAGUAUGGUCUUUGCAAAAACUCAAUUACUUUAGUGUCAGAGCAGGACCGAGUUAUCAAGUGUCCAAAGUCCAGUUCCUUAGAGCCAAAGCAGAUUAAUCACUUAGAACCUUCAGCUAAACCGACUUCUUCUAAAUCUAUAACAAAUGGACUGACAAAUCUUGACACUAAGCCUCAAUAUGCUUUUGCAAAAGAUGAUGCAAAGGAAAAUGUUGAACUACAAAACCAGGCAGUAAGCAAGUUGGCUCAAGGACAAAAACCUGUCAUUCAAAAAGAAUUGACUCCUACCAAUACAACCACAGAAAGUGCAAUCAACAUUCAGCCUGUUUUGGACAGCACUAUAAGGCCCUCAGCAUUUGUUCCUGUAGGGGAGCACAGAGAAAGCAAGGGCCCAGAAACGAAUGAUCUUUCUGAAAUUAUAUCCCUGUCUAAUGCAAACAAAAGUUCACUGUUUCAUGCAAAGUCUGCAUUUCAUGCUCCAAACCAUCCAUGGAAAACAGGUUCCACUUUUAUCCCACCAGAGUUUCCACAUAAAGUUCCUCCCACAAAAGGUUUUGGUUCCAUUCCACCUUAUAUGCAACCAAUGAUUCCAGAAUAUCCAUCUCAUUUUUAUGACCACAGACUGGCUAUCUAUGCACCUUACUUGCUCCCAGGUAAUUCAGAGUGCGAAAACUCUGCUCUGUCUGUCUAUGGCUCACAAGAUCAAAGACAUUUCCUCCCCCAUCCUGGGCCACUCCCAAAACCAACGUAUGAGCACUACAGAUUACUCCAGUAUCAUUCCAGUCCUCCAAUACCAUAUGGAUUUUGCCGACCGACAGAUCCUCCCUUUUAUAGAUUUCCACCUGUUGCUGGUAUUAGCAGAGAUCAAAGUUCUCACCUGAUGGACGAAACGGCCUUGCUCUACCCAGGUUCUUUAAGUCCAUCUCAACAAUACCCAUUAAGCUCACAUAAAAAACAAACUGAAUAUGACAAAGAAAUUCCAUUGCUGCUUGCCAAAAAUCAUUCCAAAGAUGAUCAAAAUGAAAGGGACAAUGCUAAAAUGAGCCCCCUCGCUGGAAGUGCAGCAACAGGCUCACCAGGUAGACCCAGCCCAACUAACUUCACUCAGACAGGCCUUUUUGACCUUUCUAACAAAUCUUCCACAACAACUGGCAAAUAUGACCAACAAGAAGAAAGUUUCACAGCCUUCAGACCUGUGAGGAAAAGCACAGAUCAAUCAACUCUCCUUCAGAAUGUGCAGACCCAGCAAGACAGGGAAGAUUCACCUACCAGCAUUGAUGUCACUGAUGAAGAUUCACAUAUUCAGACUGAAAAUCACGCUAACAGUGAGGAACUCUUGUCCAACAGGGAGGACGACACAGGAAUAGCACCACUUAAUCUUUCAAAGAGGCCUGACACAAAUGCAGGAGCUGUUCAUGAACACACAUACGAAACAGAAACUCAGAGCUUCCUGGAAUUGCAGGAUAUGCCUCUAAAUCUCUCAGUGAAAGAUUCCUGUAACACAUUCAGCCUGAAAGCUUCAUUCCAGAGUCCAUCACACGAUGCUGGGGCUGCCACCACUCCAAAUGCUGAAAAUGAAAAUUCUGGAGAACUAUGUAAACCAAAAAAUCAUGCCAGUAACAGUGCUUGCGACAAACCUUUCACAGUACACAGUAAUGAAGCCCAAGAUUUGAAAGUAAUUGAUAACUGUGAUGAGCAGAAGCAAACAGCAGCGGUUGCGCUUUGUCAGCUAGCUGCAUAUAGCCCUAGUAAAGCAAGAAGAGACAAUGAAGAGCAAAGUUCUCACAACUGUAGCACUCCAUGUACAGAACCAGCCCUCAGUUCAACAGAUAUUCAGAAUGAUCAUUGCAACCACAAAGCAAAAGGGCAAAAAAGGACAAGUCAAAAGGAAACAGCAAAAUCACAGCAAGGGACAAAAAGAGUAAAACCCAAUGACUGCAGCAGAAUAUUUACGCUAAGAAAGAGAACACGAGUAUCAUAACAUUUAACUUUCAAAUAUAUAUCCUAUUAUAUGGCAGAAAAAGCUGUUAAUCAGUUUAUCAGUAGCAAUGCAAAAUUUCACAUAGCAACUUUUUAUGGAUUGGUUCCUAAGAAGCAAUGUUCUACUAUGUAAAUAGAUGAUAUUAAUAAUUUUGUACUAAUGUUUUUAAGUAAUUGAAAUCCUGCGUGUAAACUCAGAUUUUGGUGAGUGAACUAUUUCUUUCACAACUAAAGUCAAAGUACAUAUGGUAAUUUUUUUUUGGCAUGACCAUAUGAUAAAAUGAUCUUUACACCUGCUUCUAAAACUUACAAGAUUUGAAGUUUUAGAAACAACAUCUAAGACAUUCUGUCAUUUCAUUUUGGAGAAUUAAUUUCAUUAUUCAUUAAGUUUGCCAUUUUUUCUGUUCUGAGCAGUUCCCUUUUCUUUCAUUGUACAGUAAAGUCAGCUUAAAAUGAAUUCUGAUAUUCGAUCUUAAAUUAAAGACUGUUUUGAAUGUGAAUACAGUUCUCAAGUACAACCAGGCAAGACUAUAAAUAUUUUAUUACACAGAGGCUUAUGUGAGUUCAAGCCUUAUGUAUGCACUUAUUUCAGUUCCUCUCAACUUGGUUUAAUUUAAAGCACUCAAAACAAGAGUAGUCACAGAGGAGUUUGCACAAGUUAAAUUAAACCAAUUUAAGCUAACAUAUUAAAUUAAACCAGUACAACUCUGAAUGUAGAUAAGCCUUAAUUGUAGAAAUUAGGCAGUUUAUAAAGAAAUGAGGUAAGAUUUUGUGCUUUUGAAGAUUUCUUAAGCUAUUUACUUUUUCUCUAAUUCUGUAUAAGGACUUCUAAUUUUUCAAAUAAAGCUAUGCACUGUACUUAAAAUAUAAAGAAUUAGUCAUUAACAAGUAAGGUACAAAUAAAUUCUCUACGUUGUUA